UUUGACAUAGUUCAAUACAUUGAACAUCAACCAAAAUAAAUCAAUUCAAAAUUAUAAAAAUGUAAAUACGAUUUUUCAAAAACAACAUUCACAAGGCAAAACAGCGAAUAAUUAUGAGCAUAAGAACAAACUCAAGCAUCGCGAACACGUUAACCGCCAGUCUAUUGUCUCAAUGCGACCUGAUCUAUCAGAUGGCAAAAACUCAGCAAACAAGUAACUUUGUUAUUUCGCCAAUUGCGCUGCGCUCACUGCUGGCGAUCCUAAGUAUCGCUUCUAUAAAGAAGUCCCACAAAGAGCUGCUUGCAAUGAUGGGCUUCCAAAACUCUUACCAUGGCAUACAGGAGUACAAAGCCUGCCGAAAUGCGAACAAAGAUGAAUUUGUCUUCACAGUUCACAAUGCAUUCUAUGUGGCCGCUCACCUUGAAUUGUCUAUGUCAUUCAAAACUAUUUGUCUGGACAAUUUCCAAACACGGAUAGAAAACAUGGACUUUCAUAACCGUGAAGAGGCAAAAAAUCGAGUUAAUAACUGGAUUGCCGAGCAAACGGAAGGUCACAUCGCAACACGCCUCACAGCCAACGCCCUAACUGAUACCGAGGAUAGUUUGCUAAUAAAUAUUGCCAGAUUUGAGAGUAAAUGGAAAAAGUCGUUUCCGAAGAAAUUGUUAACCAAAGAAGAUUUCUGGAUAACUCCGAAGGAAAACGUUAAAGUGACCAUGAUGCAUGACUUUUGCGAAAUACCAAUUGGCCAAUUGAACAAUUUAAAGGCUACCGCUGUGCUGGUACCUUAUCGGAAUGUAAGUGUAAGUUUGUUUAUUCUUUUUCCAAAUGAGAUCGAUGGGUUGGCGCGACUGGAGGACGAACUGCAACGGCAGCGAGUUGAUAUAACCUCAGUGGCGAUGACAUUAAAACCGAAAUGUAUAAAACUAGGUUUGCCGAAGUUUAAACUGGAGUGUGACAUUGAUAUGCAGCCUGUGUUGAAGGAUCUGGGUGUAAAAGCAAUAUUCAGCGAAAAUAUGGACUUUGUGCGCCUCCUAAGCUCACUUGGCGUAAUGAAGAUUUCACAGCUAAGGCAAAUUGCCGCUGUGGAAAUCAACGACGAUGGCACAAACGAAUCGUCGACAAAAGUCUCCUUCUUACUAUCCGAAGGUGAAAACUGUAGCUUACUAGAAAUCAAUCAUCCUUUCUUCUUCGCUAUUAUGGAUGAAGAGCGCAUUUACUAUGGCGGACAUAUUACGAAUACAAGCAACUUUCUUGAGUGAUGUACUAUACUACUAUACUCGUAUUGCAACGUCUACAAUUUGGCAAUGUAUGUAAAUUGAAAUGAAGUGAACAUAAAAGUUUGGCGAAGUCCUGUUCUUUGAACUCUGUACAUCUAUACAGCUAUAAAAAAAUCGUUUGUCGAACCGAAAUCGCUGAUUUUUCGUAUACCUCUGUGUUAACUUAGAGUAAUCCAAGUACAGCUAAUUUGAAUUAGCCAAAACUAAGAACGGGUAGAGCCAUUGCUUUUCCCAUAGAAAAUCUGAUUAUUCCGAACAAAAAACUGAUUCAAGUGAAUUUGGCAGACAAUCUUACAUCAAAGGCAGAGCUCUGCAGAGACCGUCAGGGCGAAAAGUUAUAAAAAAUCAACGGGAUUUUUUAAUAACUUGAAACUUGCACCUUGCACAAAAUUUAAUAAAGUACAAUACUGCAUACCAAAAACUUUCCUGAAAUUGUAAUUAAAAACCAUUGCAUUGAGAUGAAAAGUUUGUGGACUUUGCAUAAUAAUUGAAAAUUGGAUUUAUAUGAUAUUUUAGACCAUGAACUUUACUUUUAUACAAAAGUAAUGACCGCUCAAAAACUAAAGAGAAAAUAGUAGAAACGAGUAAAUAUUCAUGUCAUACGUAUAUGUCGCGGGAUGUAUGUAAAUAUAAA